AUGCUUGCUACAGAGCAAAACGACUCUUCUGAGAUGUUCAGCGAAACUUCUACAAUCUCAUGGGCGGUACUGCGACAGGCAAUUCAGAACUAUGUGAAGGCACAGAUAGUACAAGCACGGAGCCUUCAAUAUCACGAGGUCUGCCACAUUCAGUGCAUGAUCUUGCUCCCACGAGUGAUCCGUUGCAAAACAGCAGAAGAAAUGGAUCUGUUGGAACUCGAGCUUUAUGGAAACAUCAAAGGGUCUUCCACACAGAAUCGCUGCAGUGAAAUCAGAGAUCGACUACUAACCGAACAAGUUCUUCCGACUACACUCAUAGAAAGGAGGGAGCUCAUGGUGGUAAGUAAUCUUCUUAAGACUUACUCUUCUGAGAAUAAAGUAAUAACAGCAUAA